AUGCCAUCCACCGAGAACAUUCCUUUCCAACGCGCUGCCGAUGCGGAUGCUUGGGCGGAGAAGCGUCUGCUGCCUUCUGGAUACCCGUUCUCGGAGGCGUUGAAGUUCGCGGCUGAGAACCAGGUCAAGAGCGGCCUCCCAGACAUCGCCGUCUCGCCUCUUCAGGGGAAGUUUCUGGCGGUGCAAUGCACCCUCAUCAAAGCCAAGAAUGCCCUGGAGUUUGGCACGCUGGGUGGGUACAGCACUAUCUGGAUCGCUUCGUCUUCGCCCGAGAUCAAGGUGACCUCGAUUGAGUACGAUGCUCAUCACAAGAAGGUCGCGGAGGAGAGCAUUGCGAAUGCGGGAUUGAGUGAUAGAGUCCAGGUGCUGCAAGGUGCAGGUCUGGAUGUCCUGCCGCGGGUUCAGAAGGAAGUGAAGGAGGGCAAGAGGGAGAAGUUUGAUUUCGUCUUCAUCGAUGCUGACAAGGAGAACAAUACGAAUUACGUGAAUGGGGCGAUUGAGAUUUGCAAUCCGGGAGCGUGUAUCAUUGUCGACAAUGUUGGGAGACGGGGAAGGAUUGCCAUUGACGAGGAAGCGAGGACUGAUCCGAGGGUCCAGGGCAGUCGGGAGGUGAUUGAGGCUGCUGGAAAGGAUCCUCGUCUGGAGGCCACGUUGGUGCAGACUGUUGGCGACAAGGGGUAUGAUGGAUUCCUGCUGUGCGUGCUGAAGUGA